CAUCAUCGUGCGAUGGAUGAUUUCCUCUCGACGACUCCAAAGGGGACGAGGAAAACAAGAAGAGCGGUCUUGCUUGCAAUAUUGAUUCGAAUCGGCUGGGKGAAAUAAAAUCAACGAAGAAAGACGAUAAUGGUGGCGCUGCCUGCCAGAAAACGGCGCAUUUGUUGCACGUUCGUCGUGUGUCUAUCUUGGGAGUCGUUUUCGAUCGGAUUUCUCGGACCCCAGGCGACUUGUGGACGGCGCGGUCUUGCGAAAGGGAAGAUGCAUUCGAUUCCGGUUCUCAACGCCUUUGCCAAAAACAGCGGCGAGGAUAAUGGCGAGGAACCAGGGGGCAUCGCGGAUCCCUCUGCUGGCAGCGACGACGACGACGACGAUGGCGACGACACGGUCCGGUUGCCAACCGGCAAAAGCCCGCGAAGCCCCGGCGUGCUCCUGCCGCGCCAGCUGCCCAGGGGGGUCCUGGUCUCGGCCGAAGAAUCACGGCGCCGUGCCACCGAACGGUCGCUCCUAGAAGCACUCCGUGACGGAGACGACGCGGUGGGGGAGCUCCGCGAUUUCUGGCGCGCGCAGCCGCGGAACUACCGCGACGGCGACAAACACGAAACCGAACACGAACGCGGCGAGCGCUUUCGCGAAGCGGCGCUCGGGAUCGGGGAUCCGUCGUCCUGGGAGCGUUCCCGGGAGGUUCUCGAGAGCCUCUGCGGAGAGGAUCCGACCUUCCUGCAGGCCUUUGCGCUCCUCUCCAAGCUCUACUGCCUCGAGGGGAAGCUGGAAGACUCGCGGGCCGUGGCGCUUGAGGUUCUGAAACUCAAGCCGUGGCACUUUCUGGCGAUCGAAACAAUGGUGGCGACCAGCUACGCGCUCAACAAGAUCAACGCCUCUGUCUUCUGGGCGUCCCGGCGGCUGCCGCCUCCGGGUCGGGCCGAACAGCGAAGCGAGUGGAUCGACCGGGCCAUCGGGGAGUYCCUGGAGCUCGAAGCCAGGAUUGCAACCCUGGAAGUGACGGGGGGGGACGUCACGGGUGGGAUCUCCUUCGACUGGAGCUCCGAAUCCGAUCGAACCGGGGACGACGAUCCUUGGCAAUGAAUCCAUCGCGAUGUUUAAUCUGUCCACCGAGACGGCACGGCACGGUGGCUUUGGCACGGCCGGGCACCAUGCUCCUCUGUGAUCUGCUUUUCGGUUCCAUACAUUCCCACAAAAGCUCUCUAGAAUAGACCCUUUCGUAGCUU